AUGGGGACCCGCGGCGGGGGGCUCUACGUGGGGCGGAGGGCGGCGGCCGUGGGGGCCGCGCUGCUGCUGGCCCUGCUGGUCACGGUCCUGGCGCUCGCUGCUCUCUACGGGCGCUGCCGGCAGGAGGCGGCGACGCCGCCGCCCUUGCCCCGCGCCCCCGGCCCCGCCGCCCCUCCGCCACCCGCUCCUGCUGCCAGCUCCGUUCGACGCCUGCCCCGCCACCUCCUGCCGCUCCACUACGACCUGGAGCUGUGGCCGCGGGUGCGGCCGGGCCAGGCGGGGCCUUUCGCCUUCACCGGGCAGGUGAACAUCACGGUGCGCUGCCUGCAGGACACGGACACGGCGGUACUGCACAGCGCCGGACUGCGGAGCCGCGGGACCACCGCCGUGCGCGGGCCCUGGUCCGAGCCGGGCGCCGCCGUGGAGGUGGCGGGGCUGCGGCAGGAGGAGGCGGGCGAGGUGGCGGUGCUGGAACUCCGCGGCCGGCUCCGCGCCGGGCACCGCUACGUGCUGCAGCUGGGCUUCCAGGGCCGGCUGAAGGAGGACCUCGACGGGCUCUUUUUCACUCGCUACACCGACCGGGGGCAGAGCAGAAUGUUCAUUGCCUCCCAAAUGGAACCAACGUAUGCCAGGAGAGUUUACCCAUGCUUUGAUGAACCUGCCAUGAAGGCCACAUUUAAUAUCAGGAUUAUCCAUGAUCCAAGCUAUGUGGCUCUUUCCAACAUGCCUGCUAUUGAUGCAUCUGAAGUGAAGGAUGAAAAUGGAACCCUGUGGACAGUUACCACAUUUAACACUUCACUGAAAAUGUCAACUUACUUGACUGCUUUUGUGAUUUGUGAUUUCGAUUAUGUCACCAGAACUGAGCGGGGAAAUGAGAUACGUAUUUGGGCCCGGAAGGAGGCAGUUAAAAAUGGGUAUGUUGACUAUGCUUUAAAUAUCACAGGCCCGAUAUUUUCAUUUCUGGAAGACAUACUUAAUGUCAGCUACCCUCUGCCAAAGACAGAUCUGGUUGCACUGCCUGAUUUUGGAGCAGGUGGUAUGGAAAACUGGGGACUAAUGAUUUUCCAAGAAGCAUCAUUGAUGAACCUCCCAAGUGAUAAAUUCACAAGCAGGAAGGCAAUGAUUGCCUUAGUUGUGUCACAUGAACUAGGACACCAGUGGUUUGGAAAUCUGGUUACAAUGAACUGGUGGAAUGAUCUGUGGCUUAACGAGGGCCUGGCAUCUUACUUUGAGUACCUGGGAGCUACCUUUGUUGAACCCAAGCUUUCACUGGAUAAAAUCUUUUAUGCUCAUGUUGUACAACCUGUCUUAAGGGAAGACAGUAAAAUAGCUCGAUCACUGUCAGAGAGUGAAGACAAGAUCAAAGGAUCAUUUUCUUUAAUGUCUCUGUUUGACAACAUCACAUACAGCAAGGGGGCUUCUAUAACCUGGAUGCUUUCUGGUUUCCUGACUGAAAAGUUGUUCAUCAAGGCACUUACUUCGUAUCUGAAAGAAUUUUCCUUCUCAAAUGCUAAUCAAGAUGAUCUGUGGACUCACAUCCAGAUGGUCGUAGAUGCACAGGAUGAAGUUCAGUUGCCAGCACCUGUAAAGCAAAUAAUGGAUUCCUGGACAUGCCAAAAUGGGUUUCCAGUUUUAACAUUAAAUCUAACAACUGGAACAAUCAGACAGGAACAAUUUUUUAAUAAAAACAAUAGAAAGAGUACUGAUUCUUACAAUAACACCUGGAUUGUUCCUAUUUCUUGGAUGAGAAAUGGAUCAUCACAACCCUUAACCUGGCUAGAUAAAAGCAACAAGAUGUUUCCUGAAAUGCAAGUAUCAAAGUCAGAAUAUGACUGGAUCUUACUAAAUGUAAAUUUAAGUGGAUACUACAGAGUGAAUUAUGACCAAUUAAACUUGAAGAGAUUAGCAUGGUUGCUUGAAAAUGAUCCAAAGGCUAUUCCCGCUGUCAGCAGGUUCCAGCUGAUAGAUGAUGUUUUUGCAUUGGCAGACUUUGGAUAUGUUCCAAUUGAAACAGCACUUGAACUAACUAAAUACCUUGCCAGAGAAGAUGAGCUCUUCAUAUGGAAUGUGGUAUUGUUAAAUCUAAUACCUGACAAUUUAGAAAGUACACUGAAGAACCAUGAAGUAUAUCCACUUUUAAAGAAAUACCUUUUAAAGAGAAUGUUGCCAAUAUACCAUUAUUAUGCAGGUUUUAUUCGUCAAAAUGCUGAUGCUUUGGAAGAUGACUAUUUUGCUCAAGUGUAUUUGGAAAAACUCUUGGCAACAGCGUGCUGGCUGGGCCUCCAAGACUGUUUGGACCUGUCAUCUGAACUGUAUGCUAAGUGGAGGGACAACCCUGAGUACAAAAUCCCCUUUUUAAUUAGAAGAACAAUCUGCUGCUAUGGUGUUGCAGUGGGAAGUGAUAAAGAAUGGAAUUUUGCAUGGGAAAUGUACAACCAUACCAACUCCAUUGAGGAAGAUGAAGACAUCCUACUUUAUGCCAUGAGCUGUGCCAAAGAGUCAUGGUUACUUUACAGAUACUUGCAAUAUGGACUCAGUGACACAUUAUUUUCUUCCAAUUGUACUUCAGUCAUAAUCUCACAUGUAGUGACUAAGGAUAUUGGGCACCAUAUAGCCUGGGAAUUUGUUACGGAAAAUUGGCCAAUUUUAAGUCAAGGAUAUGGGCAUGAAUUACUGCAUGAUGUACUAAAAGCCAUGGGAAGAUUUGUUAAAACAGAUGUACAGAUCCAAGAGUUGCAGGUUUUUUAUAAUGCUACUUUGGAAGAGGAUGAGAGAGAGGCUAUUACUAUGCUACUUGAAUCUGCAAAACUUGAAAAUAUUGAAAGGAGAAAACUACUAAUCAAAAUUGCCAGCUGGUUAGAGAAAAACAUAGAUGAUUGAUUUGGAACACAAUUUCCAGUGUAUUAUAUGUGAUUCACUAUCAUAUUGGUAUUCAUUAUAAGCUGUAAUUAAAGGUAAAGCACAUUUUUGAGUCCUCUGGUUGUCUUUCCAAUGUAAAGUCUGGAUAAAACUAUUCACAAAGAAAUCAAGGAUUUAGGAAAAGACGUUAUAAACAUAUUUGAAUCUUAUAUCUAAAAUAAUUUGCUCCUGAAUGAGGUCUUAGGAAUGCAUUGCUAAUAAUAAUCUAACAUAUAGGUACAGUCUUGAAUCCUUUGGUGGUUUUCUUCUGAAUAUCCAAAUGAAAAGUGUGCUGCAUAUUUGUAGCAAAAAACCACAAGGAAGCUGAAAAAGUUUAUAUUCUGUUUUGUUUCAUUUGUACAGUGAUCUAUAACCUGUCUCCACUUCUAUGGUUUUAAAUUGCAAAGAGGACACUAAUUUAGAACAGUUCUGUGAAACAUAAGCUUCAGAAUUACUUCAGACAAUUAGGGAGGAAAGGUUUAAAGAAUACUCAAAUUGUAAUUUUAAUUAAGAAAUUAAUGCCUUGUCAUUCAAACUUUGUAUUUUUUCAGCAGAUCUGUACUUAAUGUGUCUGUGAACUGGAUUAUCUUUGGAUAAAAUUUAUCUCCUGGUG